CGGGUGACACGCAUUUCCGGGCGUUAGCUCUGCCCACCCAGGGCGGGAGAUCCCGUGGCUUUUAAAAGUGGGAGGAGAGUUAAGCGCUUCCAGACUAAUCAUGGCAGUGGCAGACUAUCCACCGUUCGUGCUGGGCAGAACACGAUUUGAUCAGUCUACUUUUUAUGGGCGUUUCCGGCACUUCUUGGAUAUUAUUGAUCCUUGGACUCUGUUUGUCACUGAGAGUCGUCUUAAAGCAGAACUGCAGCUUCUGGAAGACUUUAGACUUGGCACCCUACCCCCAGGAGUCUCCAACCAACAGCUUUGGGAGGCUCAAAAAAUUAAACAGGCUGUUUUACAUCCGGAUACCAAUGAGAAGAUUUUGAUGCCUUUCAGAAUGUCAGGUUAUAUUCCUUUUGGGACACCAAUUGUGGUUGGCCUUCUGCUUCCCCAGCAGACCCUGGCAACUACUGUUUUCUGGCAGUGGUUGAACCAGAGCCACAACGCAUGUGUGAAUUACGCAAACAGAAAUGCAACCAAGCCAACUCCAUUGUCAAAGUUCAUCCUGGGUUACUCCGGAGCCGUCACCAGCGCAGUCUCAAUCGCAGUAGGUCUGAAUGUUUUCAUCAAGAAAGCCAACAGGUUUAGUCCAGCCACACGCUCACUGAUUCAACGUUUCGUGCCUUUUCCUGCUGUAGCUGCCGCUAACGUGAGCAAUGUGGUGCUGAUGAGGCACAGUGAGCUGGAGGAGGGAAUCUCAGUCUUGGAUGAGCAUGGAAACACCAUUGGGUCCUCCAGGAUCGCUGCCAGACAUGCACUGAUGGAGACUGCCUUAACUCGGAUCGUCCUCCCAAUCCCCAUCCUUGUUCUGCCACCGGUUGUCAUGUCGUUCCUGGAGAAAACACGGAUGCUGAAAGCAUAUCCACGACUGACUCUUCCACUGCAUAGCCUCGUGUGCCUGGCUGCUUUUGGAUUUGCACUGCCUGUUGCCAUCAGCCUCUUCCCACAGACUUCAGAGAUUGAAACUUCGAAACUGGAGCUGGAGAUCCAAUCAGCGACACAGAGCAAGACUGUCUUUUACAAUAAGGGUUUGUGAGGAUCUGUGAUGAUGCGAUCUCUCAGGAAACGAUCAAUGAGCAACAAGAAAAUCUGUUAAUUAUGACUGCUGAUCACGGAUAAUUAUUCAGUUCUUACCACUGUUUCCUUGUAUAACAUAACUAAUUAUCUGAAAAUCAGCUUUACAAAAUCAGACUGCAUUGCCAAUGUCUUAUAACUGAUUCUUCAACCAGGAUCUGUUUUGCAAGUGAAAUAGUUCCCCUGCCAGGUUGGGAUAUAUGUGUGAGCUAGCAUCUCGAAGACCACAGAAGUCCAAGAUCUCAUCCCUUAAUUUACUGUCGAUGAUUAGAAUCAUAGAGCACUACAGUAGAGGAAGCACCCCUUUGGCCCAUCUAGUCCAUGCUGAAAUAUUGUUCUGUCCAAUCCCAUCAACCCGUACCUGGACUAUAGCCCUCCAUACCACUCCCAUCUAUGUACUUAACCAAACUUCUCUUAAACGUUAAAAUUGAACACACAUCCACCACCUCCAUUAGCACCUCAUUCCACACUCACACCACCCUCAGGUUCCUUUUAAGUAUUUCACCUUUCACCCCUAACCUAUCAUCUCCAUUUCUAGUCUCACCCAACCUCAGUAGAGAAAGCAUGCUUGCGUUUACCAUACUACACCUGUAAUACUUUAUUACACCUUAAUCAAAUCCCCUCUGCUCAAUGGAACAAAGUCCUAACCUAUUCAACCUCUCCCUGUAACUCAGAUCCCCAAAGCUUGGCGACAUCCUUGUCAAUUUUUUCUGACUCUUUCAAUCUUAUUUCCAUCUUUCCUGUAGGUAGGUGACCAAAACUGCACACAAUACUCCAAAUUAGGCAUCACCAACAUCUUAUACAACUUCAACACAGCAUCCCAACUCCUGUACUCAGUACUUUGAUUUAUGAAGACCAAUGUGCCAUAAGCUGUCUUUACAAUCCUAUCUGCUCAUAAUGCCGUUUUCAAGGAAUUACGGAUCUGUAUUCCCAGAUCACUUUGUUCUACCACACUCCUCACUUCCCUACUGCUCACUGUGUAACUCCUGUCCUGAUUUGUCCUCCCAAAGUUGAACAUCUCACGUUUGUCUGCAUAAAAUUCCAUCGGCCAUUUUUCAACUCAUUUUCUAGCUGGUCCAGAACCUGCUGCAGGCCAUGAUAGCCUUCCUCGUUGUCCAAUACACCCCCAAUCUUGGUGUUAUCCACAAAUUUGCUGAUCCAGUUUACCAUGUUAUCUGAUGAAUCUGCUACCAUGUUCAGUUGUUAAUCUAGUUCCCUCUUCUACUGACCUCAUGUUCUGUCUGGCUAGCCUCCAACCUGCUGGCAUGCCCACCAAUUUCCCCAACUUCUGGUAAUUUCUUCCCGCUCCUCCUUCCAUCUUCUUCAAUUCCCCACUCUGGCCUCUUACCACUUCUCACCUGCCUAUCAUCUCCCCCUGCCCUCCUCCUUCCCUUUCUCCCAUGGUCCAUAGUCCCCUCCUACUUGAUUCCUUCUCCUCCAGCCUUUUACCUUUCUACCUAUUACCUCCCAGCUUCUUACUUCAUCCCCUUCCCCCACCCACCAGGUCUCACCUAUCGCCUGCCAAUUUGUACUCCUUUUCCUUCCCCCACCUACUUGUUCUGGCUUCUUCCCCCUUUCUUUCCAGCCCUGGCGAAGGGUCUCGGCCAAAACGUCAACUCUUUAUUCCUUUCCAUAGGUGCUGCCUGACCUACUGAGUUCCUCCAGCAUGUUGUGUGUAUAUUACUCCCUUUCCACUCGUGGAUUCCAGAUCACUGUUCCCUGGACUAACACGAACAAAUCUCUUCCUGCCCUUGAUCCUCAAGCCACUGACAUGAAACCUGUCUUCCCGACUGACCCCUACCCCGCCCCCGGUUUGGAAUCCUUCUAUUAAAUCUCUCUUUCCCCCGUAGAACACUCAGGGGAACAAAUGUGCCUUUUACAGUUGUACACCAAUCACCGGACAUCACAAGUGGCCUUUCUCAUUGAGAUUAGUUUAUUAAUUAUAUCACGCGUAGAUCAAAACAUACAGUGAAAUAUGUUAUUUAUGUCACAGUCUGAGGAUGUGCUGGGGGCAGCCACAAGGUUUGUCACGCUUGCAGCACCAACAGAGCAUCCCCACAACUCACUAACCCUAAUCCGUAUGUCUUUGGAAUGUGGGAGGAAACCAGAGCACCCGGAGGAAACCCACAUGGUCAUGGGGAGAAUGUACAAACUCCUUACAGACAAUAGCUGGAAUUACACCCUGAUGACAAUUGCUUACCGCUGCGUUACCAUGCAGCAUAAUAUGAGUUUGGCGUAUAAUACUGUUACCUGAUUGGACGGUUUCUCAGGCUUGGUACGGGACACCUGCCCUCUUGUCCAAGUGAAUGAGCCUAGAUCUGUCAAUCAUUUCCCCGCUGACAUGGUGGAUACCCAUGCCCAAUGUGUAUUUUAAUGGUUAAGCACGCAUUGACUACACAGGUGUGCCCAAUCAGAACUUCACACUCGCGGUUGGACCGCACUUGGAGCAUUGUGAGCAGUUUUGGGCCUCUUAUCUAAGAAGAGAUGUGCUGGAAUUGGGGAGAGGCCAGAGGAGGUUCAUAAGAAUGAGUCUGGGAAUUAAAGGUUUAACAGUUGAGGAAUGUUUGCUCGCUCUGGGCCUGUACUUACUGCAGUUUACAAGCUUGGGGGCAGGGGUGCAAUCUCAUUGAAACCCAUCGAACAUUGAAAGGUCUUGACAGAGUGGAUGUGGAGAGGAUGUUUCCUACAGUGGGGGAGUCUAGGACCAGAGGGCACAGAUAGAGUGGAUGUGGAGAGGAUGUUUCCUACGGUGGGGGAGUCUAGGACCAGAGGGCACAGAUAGAGUGGAUGUGGAGAGGAUGUUUCCUAUAAUGGGAGAGUCUGGGACCCUAUCCCUAAUGCGAGGGCACAGAUAGAGUGGAUGUGGAGAGGAUGUUUCCGAUGGUGGGAGAGUCUAGGACCAGGGGGCACAGAUAGAGUGGAUGUGGAGAGGAUGUUUCCGAUGGUGGGGGAGUCUAGGACCAGAGGGCACAGCCUCAGAAUGGAGGCUUCCUUUUAGAACAGAGAUGAGGAGGAAUUUCUUUAGCCAGAGGGUGAUGAAUCUGUGGAAUUCAUUGCCACGGGCGGCUGUGGAGGCCAGGUGACUGAGUAUAUUUAAGCGGAGGUUGACAGGUUCUUAGUUACACAGAGCAUCAAAGGUUACGUGGAGAAGGCAGGAGAAUGGAGCUGAGAGGGAAAAUAAAUCAGGAAUGGUGCAGCAGACUCGAUGGGAUGAAUGGCCUAAUUGUGCUCCUGUGUCUUAUGGUCUUAUCACCCUGAACCAUCCGCCAACAUUCUCUGUUUCCUCUCAGAGGCGGAAGCAGGCCUUAGAGCAGCUUCAGGUUCUCAUCGCAGCACGAGCUAUUGGAUCUGGAACAGAAGGGGCGAGAGAGGCAGCCGGGAGAUGCAGAUGAUUGCACAAAUUGAUUAUAACACUCAUCUCCUUGAUUCUCAGUUCCUGUCACCUCUCCUGAUUCUUUUUGCAUUGUGGUGUAUGACCAACACCUCCCUCUGCACUAUCGAGCAGUCAGAUCAGCAAAGUCAGGAAAUGGUGAACAUCUCGAUCUUUCUUUUUCCCCAUACUGCCACUCAGCCAACAUUUUGUGGCAUUGAUUAUCCCUCUCCCCAUCCCUCAGUGAUCCCUCACACCAUCCCUCAGUGAUCCCCCUCCCCUAGCUCCCUGUGUCACUGACUGUGUCGCCACUGAUGUUAAUCCAGAUCCCUCACAGUAUCCGUCAGUAACCCCUCUCCUCCAGCACCCUGUGUCACUGACUGUAUCCCUGCUAAUGUUAAUUCAGCUCCCUGAAUGGCUCACUCCACAAUUCCUCUCUCAAAGAAUCAGAAAUGGCUCCCAUCUGUUACAAUUAACUAUCCUAUUAGCUAAUGAAAAGUUAAUAAAGUUGGUUACAGCCAUGGAAGGUGUGUUCACAACAGGCCGUGUCAGACUGUUAAUCCAUCUGCAGCUCUUUCACUCUGUUCUCAAAAGAGAGAUUAAAAAAUAACCUGCUUCUAAAAAUAAAAGCGAAGAUCAUUGGGUUUCCAACACGGGGCUCUGAUCUUGGAAGAAUAUUACCCUAUCCUCAACUCAACCAUGCUGCCAUCUUUUGUAAAGCCUUACCUGUAGGCUGUUUGUUUUAAGUUCAUCAGACUAAAAGACAUGAGACAGAAUUAGGCCAUUUGGCCCAUCAGAUCUGCUCCGUCUUUCCAAAUGGGCUGACAUAAUAUCCCUCUCAACCCCAUUCCCCUGCCUUCUCUCCAUAACUGUUGACACCCCAACUGAUUAAGAACCUGAUUAUCAACCACCGCUUUAAAUAUACUCAAUGACUUGGCCUGCACAGCCAUGGGUGGCAAUGAAUUCCACAGAUUCACCACACUCUACCUGAAGAAAUUCUUCCCCAUUUUUGUUCAAAAGGGAUAUCUCUCUAUUCUGAGGCUGUGCCCUCUGGUCCUAAACUCACCCGUCCCCUCUAUAUUGAAACAUCCUCUCCACAUUCUCUCUAUCCAGACCUUUUAUAUUCGAUUCAUUUUUCAAUGUUCAAUUUGAUUGUUUUUGGACAAAGUUUCUAUUACAUCAAGUGAUGCAUUAACUCAGGAGAAAUUAAAUGAAUCUCUGACAAUGUAAAUUAAAUGUUUAAACUAAUAUUUACAAUGAAAUGUCUUAAAAUUAAUAAAUAUGUCUGCAUUCACUAUUA